UAUUUACUCAAAGAUGUCUAGAUUUAAAGGAUCAGUUAGACUAUACUGUAUGGCAGGAGCUGCUAGGCCCUCUCCCAAAAUCGGACAAGCUCUCGGUCCCUUAGGACUUAACAUGAUGCAAUUUUGUAAAGAAUUUAAUGAUAGGACAGCUGAAAUUAGGCCAGAUGUUCCACUGAGAGUUUUAUUAAAAGCUUAUGAGGACAGAUCAUUUAAGUUCGUAACUAAACCUCCUCCAACAACAUGGUUUUUAAAGAAAGCAUCUGGGCUUGAGAGUGGGUCUGGAGCACCAGGUCAUAGGUCUUGAGGAAGAAUCAGUAUUAAAUAUAUUUAUGAAAUUGCUAAAGUGAAACAAGAGACAGACCAGCAUUUACAAUUCCAUGAUUUGGAAGGAAUAGUAAGAAUGAUAUGUGGAACAUGACAAUCAAUGGGCUUAGAUAUCGUUGAGGAUACUCUUCCUCCCAAGAAGAUUAAUAUUGAUCUCUAG